AUGGGUGAAAAUAAUACCAACUGGGAACUGGAAGAGGGUAUCCCGCAGUUUGAGGAUCCCUUCAUCCAGCAGUAUUUGAAGGGCCGGGACGCCCUGGUCGCGGAGGAGCAGAAGAGGCGCCAUGAUGCAAAUUUCCGCAAGACCCUCUCUCCCAUCGCGGCCCGCGCCUGCAAAAUCAUCUCUCAGAUUCGCGCCCGGGAGCAGCAUGAGGUAUGGACCACAGGCCUGGACGAUGCUGCCGCCCAUCAAUCCGACGAAAUCUUCUACCCGGGGGUCAUGUUUCAUCAUGCCAAGGGCCGCAUGGAAAAGACCAAAUUGUGGCAAAUCUUGGAGAAGAUGCCCAAGGGCUCCCUCUUGCAUGCUCACAUGGAUGCCAUGUUCGAUAUCGACUUCUUAAUCGACCAGGCCUUUUCAACCCCCAACAUCCAUUUUGCCGCAGAAAAGCCCCUACUGACAGCGAAAGACUGCGAAGAGACCCCUAUAUUCUUCCAGUUUUCUUCCCAGUCCUUGGGGGCGUCAGAUGGUAUCCCCAGUAUCUGGUCAGAGUCAUAUCAACCCUCGUCGUUGAUUCCCAUCCAAACGGCCGCCUCCUCUUUUCCCCGGGGUGGAGAGGCGGGGUUCCGGGAAAUGAUCCGCAGUCGCUGCAUAAUCAUGCCAGAGCACUCCUACAAUCACUAUCAUGGCGUGGAUGCGAUCUGGGCCAUUUUCACCAAGACCUUCCCUGUGAUCAACUCCAUUCUCAACUAUGAACCGAUCUUCCGAACAUGCUUCCGUCGCAUGCUGGGACAGCUCGCAGCCGAUGGAAUUCGCUACAUCGAAUUUCGCAUCGCAUUUGUCUUCCAAUAUCGAAAGGAAGGUAGCGACACCCCUGAAGAAGACUAUUAUGAGUUCUGCCGGGUGGUCGAGGAAGAGGUGGAGCGCUUCAAGUCCACGGAUGAGGGCAAGAACUUCUACGAGGCUCGAAUUAUUUGGACCACUAUCCGACGAUUCUCCAACGCGCAGAUCAUCCACAGCAUGAAGCAGUGCAUUGAGACCAAACUCAACUUCCCCGACUUGAUUUGCGGGUUCGACUUGGUCGGCCAAGAGGAUCUGGGGAGGCCACUGGUGGACAUGAUUCCGUUGCUAUUUUGGUUUCGAAAACAAUGUGCCGAAGAGGAGGUCGACAUUCCGUUCUUUUUCCACGCGGGCGAAUGUCUGGGCGAUGGGGAUGUGACCGACCAUAAUCUAUUUGAUGCCAUCCUGCUGGGAACUCGUCGCAUCGGCCACGGGUUUUCCCUCUACAAGCAUCCGCUGCUGAUCGAUCUGGUCAAGGAAAAGAAAAUACUGGUAGAAUGUUGCCCCAUAUCGAACGAGAUCCUGCGACUAGCCAGUUCGAUCAAGACUCAUCCUCUACCCGCGUUGCUUUCGCGCGGCGUUCCCGUCUCUCUGUGUAACGAUGACCCCGCCAUUCUGGGUCAUGGGAGGAACGGGUUGACACAUGAUUUCUGGCAGGCACUGCAGGGAUUGCAAAAUGUUGAUUUGGCUGGCCUUGCGAUGAUGGUCCAAAACUCGAUUCGGUGGAGCUGCUACGAGGACCUGUCGACCGCCGAAUGGAAGGCUGAUGUGGGGGAGGGCAUCGUGGGGGAAGGUUUGAAAGCGACGCGGCUGCGGGAAUGGUGUUCGGAUUUCGAAAAGUUCUGCGAAUGGGUGGUCUUGGAAUAUGCGGAGUUUGACGAGGCCGAUUAA